CCUCGAGAAACACGACAUCCAUCUCUUCAACACAGUCGAAGCCAUAAAUCCGUAGGAAGCAACCAGUGGACCUGUUAACAGCUGACAGGAUUCAGGAAAGACAGCGCCGCAUACCUCUCGAUCUAAGCAUUAGCCAUAGCCUACUCGAUGACACAAACAGAGGUCUCAGCGAGCCCGUCGCCGGCGGUACCUGUCGCAUCCACCGCAUCCUCGUCAACUAAACCGUCAGAAAAGGAGGCCAAGGAACAAAAGUCAUUUGAGCGCUGGCGCAGGACUAUAUCCCUGAUCACUGGAGUCGGUCUCACGCCGGAGGAGUUUCGGCAGGAGAUCGAGAAGGCGGACCGGAAACAGUGUGAACUUCGCAAGGAAAAACUCAUCAAAAACAGUCCUGGUGUGCGGUUUAUGAUGAACAACCUUGUUAAAGCCGGGUGCCCUUUGACCGAGAAAAUGGUCGAGUGCGCACCAUGCGACAAAACAAAGUCAGGAGGAUUCUCCAAGGACUACGGGAUAUUGCUCUGUCAGAACGGCUUCUUCAGCAAAACACACCAAGAACAUACUAUGAUCCACGAAAUGAUCCACAUGUACGAUCAUUGUGCCUUCAACGUUGAUUGGGACAACAUCCGACAUCAUGCCUGUAGUGAGGUGCGCGCAGCAGCAUUGAGUGGUGAUUGCAAUUGGUCUCGCGAGGUCAGGCGUGGGUUCUAUACCUUCACGAAGCAGCAUCAAGAAUGUGUCAAGCGUCGGGCUAUCAUUUCUGUAGUGGCGAAUCCUAAAUGUCCAUCCCACGCUGCAGCGGAGCGGGCCGUCAAUGCUGUUUUCGAAUCAUGCUAUAAUGAUACUCGUCCGUUCGAUGAGUUUUAUUAA